AUGGCAUCGCUCGAUAGAUCCCUACCAGAGAGACCAGGCGUAUGGGUGCAAGCAGCAAGGAGAGAAAUGAUAGAGAAUAAGACAAUCCAUGAGAUUGAUCUUAGUUCAGCUUCGUCUAUACAAGAAGAGCAAUACUUGAUGCUUCGCGUCCUGAGGAAAUCGCUCCCGUAUUACAGAUUGAGUCUAGCAAAGUUUGGAUUAGAUGAAUGGGCUAAAAAUGCAGCCAGUAUGUUGGAAAAAUGUCGCUCAUGGACAGAUUACCUUGAAAGCUUCUCCAGUGAACUGAAGGAGGGGACAUUUGCCUUACCUCGGUUCUAUCAAAAGCAGGUUGCUCACAUCCCGACGGAUGCCACGUUUCGGCCCAAUGUUGCAGUCAGUCCGCCUCGUAGAAGCGCUCGGCUGAAAGAUCUAGCAGCAGGCAUCAAAAAGCUUUCAUUUGAUGUACCCAGUGAGCCACCCAAUACGCCCAGGCCCAAGUCGCCCGGCGAGUUCAACGAUACACCCACGGUGGAAAGUGUCGCUAAGGAUACACCUCCCUGGGAACGGUCAUAUGGACCCCAAGAGCUUUUAGACCUCAACUACCCAAAGACUAAAGACGAGCAAAUCGUGAAUACAGCAUUGAUAGACUUUCUCAAUGCAUUCAUUAUCCAUCGUCGCUUCGGGUCUUAUUGGACGCUAUAUCGGAAGCCUUUCGUGGCCAGUUUUAGGCAUGGUUCCUUUGAAGCUCGUACGGACGGGUGUCUCGAAGGCGGGAAUUCGGAAACUUUGAAGACUUAUGCAAUCGUGGAAGUAAAGCCAAUGUUAAGGCGAAAACAAUUCGCACGCAUUGCAAUGCAGGAGGCAGCCGAAAUGGUUGCUUGGAUCAAAGCCGAGCCUGACCCUGCUGGCUUCAUAAGUAGUUGUGGCAGUCGUGUUUUGGUCUCCCAAGACCGACAUGAGAUUUACCUCACCUUUGCCGAGUACGGCGCGAAUUAUGUCAAGUAUUUAAACAACACACUGGGCCAGGAGGAAUCGCCUGAUUUUCUGACACUGCAUGAGUUCGGGCCUUGGGAUACUUGCAAAGCUGGGGAUAUGAAAGAUCUAGGCCGGAUUCUGCUCGCAAUUGCUUUAAGGGCUGAGACGGAGCGAUGUGAGUCGGCGCCUAAAAAAUGA